GCGCACGCUCUUGCGAUUAGCAACACGGGACAAUGGGGCCCCAGUGGCAUGACUACUGACAAAACACACAACAUAGGUUCGCGCCGGCGGGCCCCACACGUCACUCCACGUUUGUUGACUGGGUUGCCGGGGGAGACCGCUCCGUGGUUGUGGGCGCAGAGCAUUCUGGGUGGAGGGUAUUUAAACCCCCGGACAAGCCCUACGACUGGUAAGUUUCAACAAAGUAUUCGACCGUUCGACCGCUUCGCUUCUGCAAUUUUUUAACCAGCCCCGACCACUAGACACAACACAAGAUGCGUGAAAUCGUACAUCUCCAGGCUGGACAGUGCGGCAACCAGAUCGGUGCCAAGGUAAGACUGAAAUUCACACGUUAUUUUUUUUUUUACAAUCGAGAGGAAGAAAUAGUUUUAUUUUCCGCCACCAGAGACCAUAUACCUAGACCUAACACCUAGACCUAACACCUAGACCUAACACCUAGACCUAACACCUAGACCUAACACCUAGACCUAACACCUAGACCUAACACCUAGACCUAACACCUAGACCUAACACCUAGACCUAACAUACGUGAUACGACGAUGUCCCGUGUCGAAAUACCCAGGCUGUGGCAGAUCCAGACAUGUAGGACACCUACCCCGGGAACAUGUUCCCCCACCCCAGGGUCAUGUUUUCCCACUCCAGGGACAUGCAGUGUGUAGUGUGCUAUUAAUUGAAAGUACCACAAUUAUGUAGUAUUUGGCAUUUUAAAAACCAAACGAUUAUUUGGUAGUGUGGUAGUGUACACCACUUAGUGUCGUAUUGUACACCACUUAGUGUCGUAUUGUACACCACUUAGUGUCGUAUUGUACACCACUUGAUUUAUAUCUGAUUUAAGCCCCACACCUCCUCCCCCCCCCCGCACCCACUUUAAAAAAAAAAUCCAAAUAGUGAUACCUCUGAUAAAAUGGACUGUUCUGUUAGUGCUGGAACAGGACUGUCAAUACCCUAUAAGGGAUUACCCUUCAAUAAAAUGUGAUAACCCCCCUUUCUUUUCUUCCCACACUCUCCCCGUUCAGUGUGAUUAGACAGUAUUCUAUCAACUGACAUGAGGUAGAGACGUAUGUUGUUCGAAUAUGUCAUGUUUGAUUUGUGUAGUAUUUCUCUAGACAGGUUUUCUCUAUGCCAGGGCGCCCCCCUCCCCCUUCCCCCCUAUAGUGUAAUUAUUUGGUCUCAGCUCAUGUGUUUGAUAUCAAGACACCCACCAGGUGUUCAAGGCUUAACAAAUUCAUAACAAAAGGGUGGACUGGUCACCAUUGGCUGCCACCAACCACUCAAUCAAGUCACUCAGACACACCAAAACAUACCGUGCGGUACCAAAAGCUUGUUUUAGCAUAUAGGCCUACUAUAAGCUUGCAAAUUUGAUAGUUUCUCUGUAAACACUGAGGUCAUUCGUAAAAUGAAAACAACUCUUUGUCUUGGGGCAAUAAUUAAUUAUUAAUAAUACUCGAGGCAUGUUGGCUACAUUUUAUGAAAAUAACGUUGUCUCACACUCAAAAUGACGAGUCCUAUUGGCAAUCAUUGGUUAAUGUAGACCGCCUCUUUGCCUGGUAAACAUUCAAGUUUCAUUUUACGCGGGCAAUCUUGCAGGCUACCGAUUUUUUAAACCCAAUAUUCACAUUGUGGGUGAAAAAUGAUUUUCUAUAGGCCUGCCCUAGAUAGCCCUACAACACACGCAGCUGGAAUGUGCUGGCUUUGUGACGCAGGUCGCAUGACAACACACCAAGACGACGGGUUCAACACUGCAGUUGGCCGGAUCAAUACUAACCAGCACCUCCACGUCCUCACGCGUUCAGCAUUCAGUGUGCGAUUUAUUUUUGUGCCUCUGAACUCAGAGAAUGCUAACGUACAUGGAUAGACCUAAAGCCAACAGACCACCAUUAGUGGUUUUAGGGUUAGUAGGCUACCAUCCGGGGCGGGGUCAAAAUUGUGCCACCCCUUCCACAAAAAAAAAACAAAAAAAACAACUAAAAUACAGUUGACCGAAAAUGCAAUGCGCCACUCCACAUGAAUAAAAGAAAGUGCCGCCAGUGGCGAAACGCCCCCCCCCCUCUCUUUCUUCCUACCACUGACCACCAUCCUUAAAACUCCAAAGCACCUACAAACUGUAAACUGUUCAAACAACGGCUGGUCUGUUUGCUAAGUCUCCAUAACACUUAGGUGUUGGUAGCCCGUGGGCCUUGGGGGAUGUGUAUCAAAAAAAAGAGAAAAAGAUAGAGCUAUUGACAACCUGAGAGAAUGGGGGCCACUUGACUAUUUCACAUUUGGCUUAUGAUACAGAUCUUUAGAACACAAAAUGAAGUAAGACAUAACCCCCCCCCCCCCUUUCCCCCAGGUAAAAAAGGUUUUCCCAAAGCUUUUUUUUUUUUUUUAUUUUNGGUCUUUUGAAUACAGAACAGCAUGGCUAAACAUGGGGUCUUUUGAAUACAGAACAGCAUGGCUAAACAUGGGGUCUUUUGAAUACAGAACAGCAUGGCUAAACAUGGGGUCUUUUGAAUACAGAACAGCAUGGCUAAACAUGGGGUCUUUUGAAUACAGAACAGCAUGGCUAAACAUGGGGUCUUUUGAAUACAGAACAGCAUGGCUAAACAUGGGGUCUUUUGAAUACAGAACAGCAUGGCUAAACAUGGGGUCUUUUGAAUACAGAACAGCAUGGCUAAACAUGGGGUCUUUUGAAUACAGAACAGCAUGGCUAAACAUGGGGUCUUUUGAAUACAGAACAGCAUGGCUAAACAUGGGGUCUUUUGAAUACAGAACAGCAUGGCUAAACAUGGGGUCUUUUGAAUACAGAACAGCAUGGCUAAACAUGGGGUCUUUUGAAUACAGAACAGCAUGGCUAAACAUGGGGUCUUUUGAAUACAGAACAGCAUGGCUAAACAUGGGGUCUUUUGAAUACAGAACAGCAUGGCUAAACAUGGGGUCUUUUGAAUACAGAACAGCAUGGCUAAACAUGGGGUCUUUUGAAUACAGAACAGCAUGGCUAAACAUGGGGUCUUUUGAAUACAGAACAGCAUGGCUAAACAUGGGGUCUUUUGAAUACAGAACAGCAUGGCUAAACAUGGGGUCUUUUGAAUACAGAACAGCAUGGGUGUCCUCAACAGGUGGUUUGGGGGAGGGGGUCCUCAAACAACAAACUCAUAGGAAGACACUGAUAAAAAUUUGCUUAUUCUAAAUUAUUGAUAUCUUUUCAACCGAAAUGUUCAAGUCUUUUCAGACAAGAUACGAUACGAUUCUUUUAUUGAUCCAAAUAAUAAAUAUUUUCAUUUUCAGCUCAUAAGUAAAAACAUAUUUCAAAAGAGUCACCAUUUUAAAAUUUUAACAAUUUAAACACAAGACAUAUAAAUAUUUAUUUAGGUUAGACAUAUUUGUGACUGAUGGAUUUUUAAAAAGAUAUUUUCGGUCUAUCAUUAAACCUGUCGAUUUUCUUAUGUUUGUCCCCAGUUUUGGGAGGUCAUUUCAGACGAACAUGGCAUUGACCCAACUGGCACCUACCAUGGUGACUCUGACCUCCAGCUUGAGAGGAUCAAUGUUUACUACAACGAGGCCACCGGUGGCAAAUACGUGCCCCGCGCCGUCCUCGUUGACCUUGAGCCCGGCACCAUGGACAGUGUCCGAUCUGGACCUUUCGGACAGAUCUUUCGCCCAGACAACUUUGUCUUUGGCCAGUCAGGUGCUGGUAACAACUGGGCCAAGGGACAUUACACAGAGGGGGCUGAGCUUGUAGAUUCAGUCCUUGACGUUGUCAGAAAAGAAGCUGAAGGCUGUGAUUGUUUACAAGGUAAUAUUUUUAACAUUUUGAAAACCACUGCAGACAGUGGAAGACACUCCCCCCCCCCCCCCCCCCCCCCCCCCCCACCCCCCCCCCCCGGAAAGAUAUGAUAUUAAGAGUAUACAGCAAAAAAUUGUAUAAAAUAAGUCACCUAUAAUUUUUAAAUAGUAAAAGCCAAGCAUGUUUAUUACAACAAAAGAAAUUGCCAGGAUAUAAUAAAUGUGUAUUAAAAUUAAAGCACAUGUUAGGGGAUGGGGACGCUGUCAGUACUGUCAGGUUGCCACAGCUGUACACAUUUUGCUAACCAAAUGCUUUGGUAAGCAGCAUUUCAUUGACCUGCGGCAAGGGUUAGUUUAAAAAAUUAUUGAAUCUUUCAGGAUUCCAACUGACACACUCCCUGGGUGGUGGCACUGGGUCUGGAAUGGGAACCCUCCUCAUCAGCAAGAUCCGUGAGGAGUACCCUGACAGAAUCAUGAACACAUUCUCUGUUGUACCAUCUCCAAAGGUGAGUUAGAGCCUUUUUUUAUAAUCACUACCUCAUAAUCUGAGAUUUGUAGGUAUUUUUGUUUUUUUGAUCUCAUCAUUUACUGGGAUCCAUUUCUUGAAAUUCUUGCCAUAAAUUUUUGUGUUAGUGAUGUGACUUUAUAUGGGACCGAUAUUUUUCUUUUCUAAAUAGUGCGCUACAUAUUUCCAUCAACCUCUCAAGUUGUUCCGCUUAUUGUUAAACCAUUUGAAUGUUUGUAUUUGACAUGUGUUAUUAAGCCAUUCACACUUGUUAUUGAUCUUUGCCAUAUUUCCACUUAGGUAUCAGACACAGUCGUUGAGCCCUACAACGCCACCCUCUCCGUCCACCAGCUCGUUGAGAACACAGACGAGACCUACUGCAUAGACAAUGAGGCUCUGUAUGACAUCUGUUUCCGUACCCUGAAACUGACCACUCCCACAUACGGUGACCUCAACCAUUUGGUCAGUGCCACCAUGUCUGGAGUGACCACCUGUCUCAGAUUCCCCGGUCAGCUUAACGCUGAUUUGAGGAAGUUGGCUGUCAACAUGGUUCCCUUCCCACGUCUCCACUUCUUCAUGCCAGGCUUCGCCCCCUUGACAUCCCGUGGCAGCCAGCAGUACAGGUGAGCUAUUUUUCUUACCUUUCCACUUUCACUUUUGAUAUAUAGAUCCAGACCUCCCUGCUUCUAGUGGAUAGUUAUUCGGUGCCUGGCUAAACAUUACUAAUAUUCAAGAGAGAGACCCCCACGAGUUACUUGUUGACUUUUGGUACAAUUGAACAUCUCAGUUUUAUCAACACUGUUCACAAGGUAGAUAAAAGGGCUCAAAAUAUUGUAUCAGUGGUGAAAACAUGCAAAUUUGAAUAGGCUCUGGUACUUUGUUGAAAUAAUAAUAUUAAAUGUAUGUCCUUGCCAUACUUUCUUUCAUGCUGCCACUCCCCUCCCCUCCCCCCAAAAUCCAAAAUGGCUGUUCCAAAGUUCAAAUUUUCAGCUCAUAUCUUAGAAUUUUUAUCUUUUUUAAACUGUUAAAAAAAAAUGAACAAACCCAAACAAAUUUUUUUCUCAUCAAAAAAAACCUUAAAUGAAUACAGUCAGAAAUGAGUCUGAGAUUUUGUUAGAAAUGUCUUAAAAACCUUGUUUUUUCAACUCCCUAUCUUCAGAGCUUUGACCGUUCCCGAGCUGACCCAGCAGAUGUUUGAUGCCAAGAACAUGAUGGCCGCCUGUGACCCACGUCACGGCCGUUACCUUACCGUGGCUGCCAUUUUCCGUGGUCGCAUGUCCAUGAAGGAGGUUGAUGAACAGAUGCUGAACGUGCAGAACAAGAACUCAUCCUACUUUGUGGAAUGGAUCCCCAACAACGUCAAGACUGCAGUCUGUGAUAUCCCACCACGUGGUCUGAAGGUAGGUCCAACAGCUUGUGCGUAUAAAUAAAUUUGCAGGUGGGCAGAGUUUGUUCUUAUUUCAGUGAGAAUUCAUCAUAAAAUGUUUAAUUUUUUCAAUAAAAAACAUAACUUGUGAAGUUCUAAAUCAGUGGAUUACAAACUUGAAAUGAUUUAUAGUUAAAAUUUUAACUAACAUAUAUAAUUAUACCUUUUACUAUCACGCAACAUUGCCUAAUGAACACAGUCCUGCUGGUAGGCAAACUCUGGUUUGGGAAGGCAUUUAAAGGGAACGGGCGAUAAUAUUUAAACUCUUUUGAAUGGAAGGAUUCUGUCUAAAUCAGGGGAUCUCAGCCAGGGCUGCAGCAGACAGUGUGAUGGAGCGCAGGGGGACAUAGAAAAUUUUAUUUUGUACUUUAUGUUUUUCAAUCAUGGGGAUGUGGGAAAUAUGUUUUGACAUGGAGAGGGGUUGCUGGAGAUUGUUUGAAAUCAAGAGGGGGUGUGGCACUGGUUUUAAGUGAUGGCAUCAUAAAAUUAAAAAAAAUAAACAUUUACUUUUUACUCAAAUCACAUAAUUUUUUUUUAUCGGCCACUGUGUCUAUGAUUACUAUGAGAUUAUUUGAUAAAAAUGGAAAACCAUAAUAAUUAUUUGAAGAAAUAGAAAUGGAAAGGAUUUUUAGUUUGAACUACUGGUACUUACAUGUCUGAGUUUUGUUUACCGGUGUGGACUAAGUGUUGGGGUUAUUGGUCACUCCCCAAGCUCUUAUUAAAAUAAUUAAAGACAGCCAGGGCCACUUGCAACGAAAAUUCAUCUACGAACGUGUAUUUAAUCCUCCACCAACAUUAUCCACCCCCUUUUUUUAGAUGAGCUCAACCUUCAUUGGAAACAGCACCGCCAUCCAGGAGCUCUUCAAGAGAGUCUCUGAGCAGUUCACCGCCAUGUUCCGUCGUAAGGCUUUCCUCCACUGGUACACUGGUGAGGGCAUGGACGAGAUGGAAUUCACUGAGGCUGAGUCCAACAUGAACGAUCUGGUCUCUGAGUACCAACAGUACCAGGAUGCCACCGCUGAGGAGGAGGGAGAGUUUGAAGAGGAGGAAGGAGAAGAGGAGGCCUAAACGGUCCCAAAAAAUGAACCCGCCUGAAACUUAAUAUCAAUAUUUUUUUUUUUAGUUUACUGCUUUUGGAUAAGAACUCAGAAAUUAUUGAUCCAAGAAAUUAUUGAUGUAUGAAAUUAUUGAUCUAAAUUAUCAAAAAAAAACAUCAAAUGUUUUAUACUCAAAAAGAGGCUUCUUUCAAAAGAAUCAUUUAAAAAUUAAUUUUUGUUCUUGAAAUUUAAAAUUUGAUGAAUGAAAAACGUUAACUAAUAUUUUUACACAUCUUUAGGUAUAAUGCCAACAUUAUUUUAACUUACAAAAGUUAGGAAAAGAAAAAUUGAAGCAUAUUUAGUAUUUAAACAUUUGUGAUAUUUUUAUACAAGCCGUAUCAAAGCUCCUGAGUGAUAUGGUUGGCUUUUUAUAACAAAUUUAAAAAAUGGUCAAAAUAAAGUUUUUUUAACUUAUU